AUGGGACCCGGAAUGAUCUUCACGGCUUGCCUUAUCGCUUUGCAGUUGCAGCUGGCUGUCCCCACUUCUGAAGCAUCAGACGGUAACUUCACGCUGUCUUUUCUGGAUGGCUGGCAUUCACAAUACGGUCAAGACCAAAGGAUUAUGAGGUGGCUCUACAAUGAAGAAGCCGCAGAAGCUGCGAACGAUGUCGCACAUGGACGUGCCCAUCGCCAGGGAAUCUUCAUCGAGCUCGGUGCUGGUGACGGGCUCGCCGGCAGCAAUUCUUUAGCUUUCGAGCAGAAGCUUGGCUGGACUGGGCUCCUGAUUGAGCCGGUGCAGUACUUCUACGAGCAGCUGCAGAUCAACCGCCCGCACGCCACCUGCGUGCACGCUUGCGUUGCAGGGGCGACCGGCCCAAAGUCCUUCGCAGAGAGCGGAGUCAAUAGUGGCACAACCGGGCGCCUGGUUGCUUCAAGCAAUCUUGAUAAUCUCAUUGAGAUGACCUGCCAAACGUUAGGCGAUCUGAUCGAUAUGCACCUUGGGGAGAUGGGACGGCACAUCGACUUCCUGUCGCUUGACACGGAAGGUACGGAGCUAGAGAUACUCGGAACUUUCGAUUUCGACAGGCACCAGGUGGAUGUAAUGAGCAUUGAGAUCGACGAUGCUCUUUCGCAAGAAGCCUACCGGCGCUUAACUCGCUUGCUCAAGCGGAAGGGCUUCCGAUUCCUUGACAGACUGCUGGUGGAUGAAAUUUGGGUACGGACACCUGGACCGCAGUCUGACCCUACUUGCAUUUACCCUUCCCUGCAUUUAGAGGGUGCACGGCCUCAUGCAGGCACAUAUUCUUGGGGUAGUCUGCGGAAGGUACUCACAAGCCUGCGGGAUGUUCUUCUUCAGCAGCCGUUGGAGGCUUUCGAUGAAGGUGUCUUAUCUGGGGAGCCAAAGGAGUUAUUGGCAGUGAAUUACUUCUUCUACCAAUGGACGGAAGCGGACUUGCAGGAGUGGGAAAUGGCAUGCCCAGCAGGCAUGUUGACUCUAGGUCUUGCUUUCGUGCUGUUUCACAACCGUUUCGGUGCAGCCACACCAUGGGCUUUGACAAAAGAGUUUCGCCAGCAAUCGGUGUUCCAUCACACGGAGCGAAUCCUUCGUCUGGAGCGGAUUGCAGACUUUGUGGGUCAGGUGAGGGAGUCGGAGCUGUCGGCUAGCCCCUUUGUGUUUCGCUUCCCCUUAGGCAGGGCCUGGCACUCAACGAGUUUCGAGCAGCUCCUGGAGGCGCGAUGGCCCAUUUUUGGAUUCCUGGAUGUCGCCGCAAAGCGCGUUGGGAACUCGGGGCACUUGAUCGAGUCCAGCAGUUACAGGGGGGUAGAGGAGCGGCGCCCGCUCUUCUUGCCAACGAUGCGCUGCCAGCUUGAGCUUGUUCCACACACUGACAUGGUCCGUGUCGUGCACAAAUCUCCACUACUUCGCAGGGGCAAGCACCGUUCCAUGCAAAGCUUGCUUUUGAAUGCCGAUGCGUGCAGCAUGCUUGCAACCGCUGCUGGCAACUUUCACCAAGCUCGCAGUGAGGUUGAGAGGCUGAUUCGAGUUGAGCCUGCUAAACUCAUGACUUUUGAUAUUCUGCAGAACUGGACAGCCGCUUGUUCACAUCCUCGGUCGACUGAAAAAUGCACGCUUGACUCGGCUGAGGAAUGUGCCGCUCUCUUGGAUGACCACCGAAGAGUUCCGAAACGUUGCUUGCAAGUUCGCCGUUCAGGUGGCUCGCCUUCGACCCUGCGCCUGAGACGCAGGAUCCGCCUGCGAAGUACACGAGCAGGCUUCUGGAUAGAGGAAGGCGAGAGGCUUUUUCGGGAGUUUGUGGCGAAGUACGACCUACAAGUGGCUCUAUGGGCAGCAGGUCAAGUGGAGCUUGCACCCCACAAAGGCAAUGUGGACAGCCGUAGCACAUCUGACACGUGGCCAACCGCGGAGGAAGUGAAGCAUCGAGAGACGAUGUUUGGAGUUUUGAACUCUCUCCAGCAGAUGUUGUUCUUCCCAGAUGAUCUGUUGCCACCACUUUGA